UCCACCGCGUGUGGUGCGUCACUUUAAAAUGUCCCGCUCAACUCGACAGUCCCAUUCCUCCACCCCAGAACGGUUCGGGAUCUAUUCCAAAGCCCCGGCAAACUGAAAAACCGGGUUGAGCUGAGUCGUUACAGUAGUUCAGUGCAUCCCUUGAGAAUCCAGAGCCUCCUGAUACCUUGCUGCAUGGAAUGAAUAUGAAGACUUUUUAUGGACUUACAGAGGAAGCAAGCCAUCUUUAUUCUCUACAUUCCUUUGCCACAAGGUGUGGUUAUGGCUGCCAGCUUGCCUGGCUUUCAAAAAGGAUCAGUAAAUUAAUGGAGGAAACCUAAUGAGCUAAGCAAAAACUGCACUGUGAAUGGUUCAUGGAAGAGAGUUCUGGUCUAAGUGAGGAUUCUUUGGCUAGCCUCACUGCUGGUGACGUUCUGAUCCACUCCACCAGCGUCCACAUGAAAGAAAAACCCCUUCCCACAAGAACAGCUGUGGCUGGCGAUAGCAGACCUGCUGCUUGCACUAAGAAAAGGAUCAGAAUUUCCCUGAAGAAGCUUCGAGAAGUGCCUCCACCCUGUCGUCCAGAGUGCUCCAUGUUGAUUGAUGAUGAAGCAGCUUAUAUUCCGCCAGCAUUGCUGACGAAUAAACCUGCACCUUGUAAGCCAACUACUGCAACUUCUGGAGAUGUAGCAAAGGGUGCUGUAAGCACGUGUACUGGCAGACUUUCAGACCAGCUACGAUCAACUGAAAAGGUUGUACAGCCUUCACAUUUAUCUGCAAUGGUAAACAUGGUGUAUACAGAUGAAGCUGCAUUAAGUGUUCCUUUAGUGAAGGGAGAUGGAAUUAAACAAGAAGCAGCUGACUUCUUAAUUUCCCAGUAUGAUACUGGUCAGAGGGAGGCUGCAAGAGCUGUAUUCAAGCAGAGAAUCCAAAGCGUUCCUGUGUUCAAAGAGGUGAAGGUACAGCUUCUAGAUAACCCAUGCCCAGACAAAAAGGACAGUACCAAGUCAACACGCAGUGAGAUGGAUUCAGCUACAACCAUUGCAGCUGCAACAGCCGCAGCCAUCGCUUCUACAGCCCCUCUUCUCAAAGUCCAGAGUGACUUGGAAGCCAAAGUGAACUCUGUUUCUGAAAUACUUAAUAAGUUACAGGAAACGGACAAGCAUCUGCUGCACAUUGCUGAGCAGCAGCAAGCCAGCUUGAAGCCUCUGCAGUCGGAGAGGCCCCCUUGCCAGGAAAUUGCUGGUGAGCUCGAGAAACGGAUGAAUCUGUUUAUGGAACAACGGAUUCAGCAUCUGGAAAAAUUGCAACAGCAGCAAAUGAAUAUUCAGUCCCAUUUAAUUAGUUCUGCGCUGAGCUCCAGUGGCUUCCCAGCUGCCAAAGUAGUGGAAAAACAUAUGAAUGCAGGGAGGCCAGUAGCUGCCCAGCCCUCUUCUCGUCCAGAGGAUUUGUUUUCUACUAGUGCAGUCUAUGCACCAGCUUGUUCACGGCAAUUGAGAAACCGUGGUGUUUAUAGGCAGAGGUCUCCACUAAAAACGCCAACACCACGAAGAUAUGCACCUGUGCCAGUAUCUAAGGAUGCUAAAGUCUCACCAGAAAUGUCAAAAAACCCACAACCUAUUGGAGAAAAAGAAAAUGUGCACAAAUCCUCUUACAGAGGUACUCUAGGUGGAGGAGGACUUCUGGAGCAGAUUCUGAAUUCUCAAGAAACCCCAUUAAGUCAGAGUGCAUCUUCUCAGAAGGAGCCAGCAACUGACCGUGAAAUGCCAUGGCAUUUGGGAAGAGAACGCACAUCCGCUGCUGUGCAGAUGGAGCCCUUUCCGGCAUUUAAAAGCUCAGCUCAAGACCUCAAUUCAGUUGAGAGAACAGUAAAGAAAGCAGACAGUGUGCUCCAUGAUCUUGGGCAACUGAAAAGGGAAAUGCAUGACAUGCUGCAGGAUGCAAAGGAGUGGAAAUCAGACAUGAAUAAUUUCAUGAAGCCAAAAGACCCUGUUGCCCCAAGUCUAAAUGAACUUCAGGAGCUUUCCAGGUCUGCUAUUGUUCAGAGCACUAAGGCAUCAAAAUCCAUACUGAGGGAUGCUGAAAAGAUCCUGAGAGGGGUGCGCAAGAAUAAGAAGGUCCUUGAAGAAAAUCUGGAAGCCAUUAUUCGUGCGAAGGAUGGCAAUGCCAUGCAUGCCUUCAUUGAUGCUUUGACAGCAGACAGAGAUAUGCUGGAGGAGAUACGGAUUAGAAAAACUGUAGAUGAAUGGAUUAAAACAAUCAGCCGGGAAAUUCAGGAUGAAAUGGCAAGAAAGGAUUUCCCCAGUACCCAGACCAUCAAGCAUGUGAAGCCUGUCAGAGAAAUCAGAGCAAAAUCUCGGUACCUCCAAGGAAUCUCAACUAAAAGGCUCCUGCCUGUAGCAAGGACCUGCCAAAAGGAGGGAUCUCCAAAAACCAGCAAAGAGAUGCAGAAUGAAGAGCAUCUCACUCAGAUCUAUGGCCGGCCGAUUUACCAAGGUCACAGGAGCACGCUUAAGAGAGCUCCGUAUCUGAGGUUCAAUUCCCCUUCUCCCAAAUCAAAGCCUCCAAGACCUAAACUGGUAGAAUGUGUUAGAGGUACAAGAUUAAAAUCAGCAAGAACACAAACCAGCAACUAUGUGUACAGUGAAAUCUCCAGCCUAAAGAAGUCACGUCCUUUUUCUGCUCCGCGUCGGGAACUCCAGUACCUUUUCAGCCCCACCAAAGAGGCUCCUGAUGUGUCAGGACCUCUUGAAGGCCAUCUCAUUCCUAUGGCUAUUCCGUUAGGCCAAAAACAGAUUGACAGGAUCUCACCCCAACCUGCAGGAAUUAUGAUAGGUGAAUUCCAUCCUGUUAGUGUGACCACUUCUGUUCCUCCUGCUCCCCCAAAGCCCCGACCAAAGAUGAAGAAACCCAGCAUUGCCGUAAUAGAGAUGAAAUCGGAGAAAAAAGACCCCCCCAAGCUCACUGUGCAGGUGCUACCAAAUGUUGAUAUUGACAGUAUUUCAAGCAACAGUUCAAGUGUAAACCAGAUUUGUUCAACUCCCCUCCUUACAAAGGACGCGACACAGAUUGCUCCAGAAGACAGUCAACAGGAGGAUGAAGAACGGAAACUUCCUGGUACUGACUUCACUGAGAUUCCUGAUGCCAGUCAGGAUGAAGAAGAUGAGAAUGAGAUCCCAGAAUUCACAGGACCAGUCCUAGAGUUCAACAGACGAGGAGAAAUUGAGUCUCCAAAAUAUAACGGCCCUCCAUUUCCGCCAGCUCCACCUCCUGCUCAGCCCUCUGCAGACAUUCUGGAUGAUAUUAUAGAAAAACGGGAGACCCUGGAGAACAAGCUGGUUGGUUGGGUGGAGCAAGAGGUAAUGGCACGUGUCAUCAGCAGAAUGUAUCCGGCUCAGAAAGAGGCUGUGCCCAACAUAAGCUCAUCGGAGAGUGAGGACAGCGAAGCUCUAUCCUCAGACAUUGUUGAAGCUGCAGGCACUGGAGGUUUUCAAUUGUUUGUCAAUGCUGGUGUACCGGUGGAUUCAGAAAUGAUUAGACAUUUUGUGAGUGAAGCCCUCGCUGAGACAGUGGCUGUGAUGCUGGGUGAUAGAGAAAGCCAGAAAGCAGCUUCUGCUACAGGUGGUCCAUCAGGUGUGAAUCUUUUGCCCCAAAAGGAAACGGUGUUAUCCACUCCACUGGCCACCCCGCAGGCCACACCACCUCCAUCUCCUCCACCUCUGGAACCAUUAUCUCGAGUAAACACUCCAGAAUCCUCUCCCUCCACUACUGAAAUUGGAGAUAUUGGUGAACAGCAGCUAGCAGCAGGAUCUGAGGCAGCCGCUAGGAAUGCAGUCUGCACUCCCGUGGCUACCCCUGUGGCAACACCCCCUAGAAUAGGGACACCAAGCCCUCCUGCAUCUGAGCUUGCCCUGGACAGAGGAGCAAGGGCAAGACAAGUGCCUCUAGACCCAUGGGGGGAUGCAGAGCUCCCUCUGGAUGAAGAGAAGCCCAGUCCACAGAGUGAAGAAGCCGGCUAUCAUCCAAGAGCUGUCAUCAUGUCUGUGGCUAAACAUGAAGAACCAGACAGCUUGGUUCUGCCAACUUCACCUGAGCAGGUUCAGCCCCACAAUCUGCUUCUUCAAGAACCCAGGAUUCCAUCUCCUUCUGUACAUACCCCAAGUUCGGGCCCAUCGACAGAGGAGAGCAGUCUAACUGUUACAGAAACGGAGACUGUAGACAGGCCAAUUUCAGAAGGAGAAGUUCUGUACAGUUAUGGGCAGCUGCUAGCUACAAGAGCUUUAGCAGAAGGAGGGCUGUCUCUUCCUAAUCUCAGUGACAGUUUGACUAGCACUCUUCAUGAUGCCCAUGACAUGGAUUAUGAUCCUCCCAGUGAAGGGCAGGUGGUGCGGAGACCCCACAAAGGAUACCACAGGGACCCAGUCCUCUCUCUCUUUUCAAAAUUAAACCAAGCACCACUCGCUUCCCAAGAAGAGAUCUGCCAGUCUGAGGGCACUGAUGAUAGUGCUGGGGAGCUUAGUGAGGGCCAAAGACCAAGGCUGACAACAGCUGCUGAAAGUAUCCUGAUGGGGCGUUCUACGUAUAUGGGCCAGCCUACUGUUCAGAUUUCUGAGCAGCAGCCACGGCGUCCACCAUCACCGGGACAAGUGGACAGAGUUGCAGGAGAAGUACCCAGAGGUACCGACAUUACCCAUGGGCCAAUGAGCAUAGCUGAACUGGAUCAACCGGCUCCUCCAACAGCACAUCUAGGUGGCCGGUUGGCACCUCACUUGGAUGACACAUCCCAGGGGAAGCCUGAAGGACCUGUGCAGGCAGAACCAAGGGCGGCCAGAGUAAUCCGCGUGAGAACCAAAUCCGACAUCACCCAACAGCAAGAUUUCCAGAGAGACAUGGAUCGGACUUGCAUUGAGCCCAGUGUGUACCUCACAUCGUUGCUUGCAGGAGGGGAAACGACGCCCCCUUUCAGUUCCCUGCCUGUGCCGACAAAGAUGUCUGUGAAGGUCCCAUCUGCAAAUAUAGAUGACCAGCCUCAAAGCUUCAGUUCUAUCCAUGGGAGUUCAGAUUCUUCUGGGGCAGAUACAUUUUGAAGUGUGCGUGUGUUUGUGCAUGCAAAAAUGUGUGUGGGAAGCAGGGAGAGUUGACAGCUGUUUGUCUGGAAAUAAUAUAAGGGGCAAGCAUUUGGUGCAGAAAUGGCCUCAACCAAAUGUCUUGGCAGUGAUCUGCUUGCUUUUCAUCAUUGAAAUCUUUUGCUUUUUAUAUGUUUUUCGUGUGUGAAUUUGUACACUUUUUUAACAGAUUAAAUAUUUUCUUUCUUUUUUAAAGAAAAAGCCUUUGAGCUUUGA